AUGACCAUUCGAGUUGGUGUUUCGUUUGACCUACUGGGCACGCUAGUGGAUGUGCACCGUUCGUCCGGAUAUCAGUACGCCAUUGACUUUUGUCGCUUUGUUGAAAAGAAAGGAUUUGAUUCUCCGCCAAUCAAUGUGGACGUGCUGGAAAAAAACUCCAAAAAAUCAUUAAAGGCGGAGAUAGCAAAAGAUCGUGCGGAGUGGACAGCCCAAAAUCUAGGAGUCGCAGAAGAGAUGCCCUUUGGGGGUGUGACAAAGGAAUCGGUGGUUAAAUUUUGGUGCCGUGUAGUUAAUUCCACGUAUGACCGCGAGGGAGCCUUUUGCGGACAUGACCCGAAGACCAUUUCUAUCAUGCAGCAGGCACAAAAUACUUCGGAGUGGGAGGACUUCAUUAUGAGUGUGGUGCAACGCUUUGCCACACCAGAGCCGUACAGUUGGCUUCCUGAGACCCUUCCAACGCUUCAUUCGCUAAAGAGGUGGCGGGAAUUGCAGCUUCCGCUGGGUAUUCAAUGUGAUCCUCCGAAGGUUUUGACAAACGCGGAUUAUCGAUUGGUUUCUGUGAUCCGCGAGAUGGUGCAGCGCGAGGGCGACGAGGAGCUUCUCGGCCCCGUGUUUUCGGCAGACGUCGUUGGUGUGGGCAAACCGUCUCCUUGUGGUAUUGAAAUGGCACGCAAGGCGGCUUGUGUCCCGUCCGCGAGUCAGUGGAUACACGUGGGCGAUGGAGGGGCGGACCGAGUGGCGGCUGAGCGUGCGGGGUGUCAUUUCCUGCCCUGCCUGCAAACGAAGGGCGUGGUCUGGGAGGAGCUGCGGGAGAAGCUGGAGCAGGUGUGCCGUUUGGCGCAGGAGGCCGCGCCUUGCGCGUGA